UGUAGCUAGCUUAGCGUAGCUCCUCCCUGUCUGUUAGCACGUAGAAAGUUCAGCUGGACGGCUGAACUCGGUCGUUGGCCUCGGAAGUUUAACAGAAUGGCUCCACUGAAGUUUUGUGCGAAUAUUUCGUGGCUGUUCACAGAGCUUCCGGACUUCAGCCAGAGAAUAUUAGCAGCAGCCGCGGCUGGAUUUCAGGCUGUGGAGGCAGCGUGGCUGUACGAUUCGGAUCUACAGGAGCUUCAGAGAGUCAGAAAGGCCACAGGGGUGGAGGUCGUCCUUAUCAACACCCCGCCAGGAGAUAUAAAGGCAGGUGAUCUCGGUCUUGGAGCAGUUCCUGGAAGAGAAGCAGAGUUCAGAGAGGGACUGGAUCUAAGUGUGAAGUAUGCCAGAGCUUUGGACUGUAAGAGGAUUCACCUGAUGGCUGGGAGAGUUCCCGUGGACUCUGACAGAGCGACGGUUGCUAAGGAAAUGGAGGCGGUCUUUGUGCAGAAUCUGAAAUAUGCCGCUGAUAUCCUUUCAAAGGAAGGAAUCACUGGACUGAUUGAACCGAUCAACACCAGGAUUACAGACCCCGGGUAUUUUCUGGACUCUCCUCAUCAGGCAUCUGCAAUCCUGGAGAAGGUUGGAAAGCCAAAUAUGAAACUGCAGAUGGACAUCUUUCACUGGCAAAUAAUGGAUGGAAACCUCACACAAAACAUUCAAAAGUAUAUUCCUGUCAUUGGUCACGUCCAGAUUGCUCAGGUUCCCAGCAGAAAUGAGCCCGACAGCGCCGGAGAGCUCAGUUACAGCUACCUGUUCGACACACUGGAAAACAUCGGCUACCAGGGUUAUAUCGGGUGUGAGUACAAGCCGCAAGGCUCCACAGACGAGGGUCUCGGCUGGAUCAAAGAGUACUGGGCUCACAGAAAGUGCUGAGAGGAGGUGACGGAGCAUAAAGCUGCCAGAGCCCGACGGACCUCCACCUGCAGCACGCGGACUUUGCACAGACUCCUGUGUCCUCCUCUCUGAAUCUGUUUCCACACUGUAGAAAGAAGUGAAUACACGACUUCCUCCUCAUCGCUGCUGGGUUUGUGCUUCUUUCUUCAUCGGUGCACUCAGUUCAUUCACAGCAGUGAUUCAGGAUGGCAAUGUUGUUCUUUAAAAGUUCAAAUCAUUUUUUCCAUAAGUUUCUUCGUAGCAUCAGGUGGAAGGAACGUAGGACGGAGCAGGCAGAGCUGCCGAAGGCUCAGAAGUAGAAAAUACUGACUGUGAGAGGCAAGCUCGACAUCAAAGGUGUUUCUUAAGAAAAAAAUCUUAGAGUAGCAGCCUGAUGGAGCAAAUGAUUAAGAAUUCGUUUUUGAAUGAAAUAUUUUGACUCCUGGUACGACAUUUCAAACAAAUAACUGCAACAUAAUGACAUUUAAUAAUGAACUAAUGAAUGUUAUAUUUGAAGUUUUGGCGUCUGAGAAAAUGACCUUCAGGGCUGAAAAGUUAAAGUGCUGAAGUGGGUUUUCUUUCCGAGACGUGUAGCCGAGAUAUUAGAAAAAUAAACUUUCCUUCGAUGUAAAAUAGUAUUUUCAGAAAUGAAUAAACUUUCCAGUUUGCCCCAAACUGCAUUAAGGUCCUCUCAUAUUUACAGCUGAUUAAGUGCUUUGCUACUAGAAGAAGUCCAAGUAAUGAAGUGUAAACCAUUUCCUGAACAUUUAGCUGAUGAAUUUGACAAACUCAGAGUUGGGACAGAUUUAUAUAUUAAAACAAAUUUCUGGUACUUUCAUUAAGUUUAUUGCUUAAUGUAACAGAACCAGAGCGUUUAUGCUGUGAUGCGUUGCUCAUACCGAGGCUUUGGCUCUAGCCACUUUGCUAUUGUUAGCUCCUGUAAAAUGUUCAGCUGUGUGAGUCAUUUGAAGUGUCUGAUCAGGUUUAUUGUCCUGGCUACCUUCAGUUAGUUUGGGCGAACUUGUUUACAUUGAGGAGAUCGUAAGAAUAAAAGAAGGCAACUGUUUGUCCUGCUGUGA